AUGAGAAUUGGAAGGCGUAUCCAUUACGUACUUUUUCUUAGUGCCUCCUUGGUUCGGGACAAAGCUAGGCAAAAGAAAGACCAGCUCACAAGGGCCAAGGGGAGUGUAGACCAAUUUCCCAUCCAUUGCUCACCUGCCGUCAUGGUAAACAAGUUCCGUGGCUCUUCCUGUAGGAACUCUUCUCCCAACAACCCUAAGUUCAUCCAAAUCAUUACUUCCUCAGAUGAGUUAUGCCGUCUCAGGAUUCCAGUAGUAUUUGCCAAAAGACAUUGCAAGAACAUGUUAAACCCCGUGUUUCUUGAGGCUCCCCAUGGAAAAGCAUGGGAGGUUGAAGUGGAAAAUUCUCAAGGCCAAAUUUGGCUAGCCAAAGGAUGGAAAGAUUUCUGUGGCUAUUACUCAAUAACCGUCAGGAGCUUAUUAAUCUUCACAUACAACCCGCGUUCUCACUUUGAUGUCGCUAUAUAUGAUCAGAGUACAACAGAAAUUGAAUAUCCAAUAGAUCAAGAGAUUGAAUCAGAUGAAGAAGAGGAAGAUAUUCCAGUCCUCCAAGCUAAUGCUAAUGUAAUCGAGGAAGAAGAGGAAGAUAUUCCAGUUAACCUUCAAACUAAUGCUAAUGUUAUCGAGGAAGAAGAGGAAGAUCUUCCAAUUAACCUUCAAACUAAUGCUAAUGUAAUUGAGCAAGGUAAGUAA